AGAGAGGAGGAGGAGGAGGAGGAGGAGGAGGAGAGCCGCAGCUUCUCCUGCGUUUCCCGGCAACAACAGCAACUGGAAACAGGAAUCCACCCGCUUUAUUUCCACCUCUUGUUUCAGUCCUUCAACCCUCCUUUGCUGCUGCCGCUUCCCUUCAUCCCUCUCUCUCCUGGAGUUAGAGGAGGAGGAGGAGGAGGAGGAUGAAGGCGGGAGGGGCUGAGUGGGGCAGCAUUGCGAUGCAGACUGCAGGAACAGACUGAGGAGCUACAGGAGAGGAGAGGGUGAAAGAGGAAGGAGGAGGAGAAUCUGGACCACAGAGAGACGAAACAGAGACUGGAAUAACGGGGGAAGGAUGGACACAUGGAGAUGAGAAGAAACGAAAGAGAUAAGAGGAGAGCUGAGGUAAAAGGAGCAGCGCAGAGUUGGAUGAAGAGGAUGGUCGACUGAGAGGAGCAAAGAGUGACAAAAGGAGUUGGGGGAGCAGAUGAAGACGUCUCUGUCAGAGGUCUGCAGGUGGAGGUGUGGUGCAGCGGUGGAUGGAUGGAAGAUCCGCCGCGGGCUUCACGUGUGAAACUCUCCGUCCUGAAAAGUUCCCUUUGAUCCGCCCGGCUGCAGGACCGGGAUGAGACCGGAGGUCCUGGACGGACCGCCGGAACCUGUUGGACCGAAGGGAAACAGCUCAGAAGUUACUGAGGGAUAAACCGGGAAACAUUCAGACAAGUUUACGUCUUUAACUGCUGGAUUUCCUAAACUCUGAGAAUAUUCCCAAAUCUCCUCUUUAAAUGGAACCAAAUGAUGAUUCGAUGGAUGGGAGGAACCCGGUUCGAGCUGUUGGACCCGUCGUGAGAGGAGAAAAAGAAUAAAUGACAUAAAUAGACAACUGAUGGUUUUUAUUACCAGUUAGAAAGAGGAAAUCUUCUGGGAAACUUUUAUCACCAACUGUCCCUUCAAAGUCUCACUGAUGCAUUUUCUAAAUCUGAAUCCCUAAAAUUCUGUUUUCUCCAUGUUUGGGAGGAACAAACCAGCCUUAGAUGCUGUUUUCAGCUGUUUCUGAGGAAGAGGACCUCACCAGACCUCCACCUGCUGUCCACCACCAAACCUGCAGCCGGAUGGAGGCUCAGAAUGCAGAUAUCAGGUGUUUGCAGCCCAAUAAGUCUCUGGUUCUGGAAGGAGUACCAGAAAUGAGAAAAAAAAAACAGAAAUGAGAAGAUUGUCUCCAUGUUUGGUCUCUUUGUGCUCAGCAGCUUCUGUGGAAAUGCUCUUUAAAUAAAUGUUCUGCAGAAAUCUGGAAACCUGCAGGAAUCUGACUGGAAAAACUUUAGGAAUCUGUCAAACUUUCCUUGAAACAGAAAAAAAUCUGGAUAUGAAAACCACAACAGUUACAGAAUAAAGGAAAUAUUUCUACAUCAAGUGAGGAGGACGGGGGAGCGGCUCCUCCAUGGGUUUGAUCUUUUAUUUCUGGAUCCUGGUUGCAGAGGAUUUUACCUGUUUAGAGAUCAGAGGUCCUGGUAAAAUGUUGAGUUUGACCACAGAACAAAACCCGGAGCUCGUUUGACUUCUCCUCUUUCAGAGAAGGGAUUGCCUUUCUGUCUUGGAAUAAAUCUGCUUUUCCAUGAUGAAUGAACUCCAGUUUAGACGUUCAAGGCAAGGAGCUCUGAGAAGAUAAUGGAUUGGAAGGAACUGGCCGCUCAGAAGCUCAGUUUGUCCCGGCGGAAGAAAUCCCAGCCCGGUCCCUCCUCUCCGCCGGCUGAGGCCCCGGGGCCGCCGCUGCUCUACACCGGAGGCUUCAGCGGGGCCCUGCAGCUGUCAUCGCCCGCCAUCCCACCAUGCCUCCUGCGGGCCGGGUCAAAGGUGAAGGACACGCCCGGCAUGGGAAAGGUUCGGGUGAUGGUGCGAAUCUGCUCGGCCCACAGCAGCGACUCCUCCGAGUCCAUGUCCUUCCUGAAGGUGGACGGCAGGAAAAAGCAGCUCACGCUGAUCGAGACGUCCAACGGCGGGAACUCAGCGUCCUCCCAGAGACGCUCCUCUGCCUCCGCUCCAAAGACCUUCACCUUUGAUGCCGUCUUCACGCAGGACGCCUCACAGGCCGAGGUUUGCUCGGGGACAGUGGCCGACGUCAUCCAGUCGGUGGUGAACGGCGCCGACGGCUGCAUCUUCUGCUAUGGACACGCAGACCUGGGGAAGACGUACACCAUGAUUGGCCGGGACUGCUCCACACAGAGUCUGGGCGUGGCUCCCACGGCCAUCUCCUGGCUCUUCAAGGUGAUCGAGGAGCGCAGAGAGAAAUCUGGGGCGUGUUUCUCUGUCAGAGUGUCGGCGGUGGAGAUCUCCGGUCGUGAGGAGACGCUGACUGAUCUCCUGGCUGAACUUUCUACCUCAGCAGGGGGCCCACAGGAGGCCCCGGGGCCGGCGGUAUCCCUGAGGGAAGAUCCUGUCUGUGGCUCCCAGCUCCAGAACCAGACGGAGCUGCGUGCGCCCAGCGCCGAGCGGGCCGCGUUCUUUCUGGACACGGCCCUGGCGGUGAGGAGGAGCAGCCGGACCCCCAACGACCAGGACGCCCGGAGGAACUCCCACUUCCUGUUCACGCUCCACCUCUACCAGGAGAGGGCGGACAAGAGCAGCAGGGCAACAGUGUCGGGACGGAGUCGUCUCCACCUCCUGGACCUGGGCAGCUGUGAGACGGACAUCAGCAGGACCAGGGAGGGAGGCGGCGGUCAGUGUCUGUCCCUCUCAGCGCUGGGCAACGUCAUCCUCGCUCUGUCCAACGGCGCCAAGCACGUUCCCUACAGAGACAGCAAGCUCACCAUGCUGCUCAGCGAGUCUCUGGGUAACAUCAACUGUCGAACCACCAUGAUCGCCCACAUCUCGGACUCGCCGGCAAACUACAUCGAGACGCUGACCACGGUGCAGCUGGCGUCCCGCAUCCACCGCAUGAGGAAGAAGAAACACAAAUAUGCCUCCAGCUCUUCUGGGGGGGAUAGUUCCUGCGAGGAAGGCGCCUCCCGUCGACCCCCUCACAUUCAGCCUUUCUACCCCCGGAUCGUGGCUCUGGACCCUGACAUACCGCCGCUCCGCUCCAGCGAUCCGGACUAUUCCUCCAGCAGCGAACAGUCCUGCGACACCGUCAUUUAUGUCGGACCCGGUGGAACGGCCAUAUCUGACCGAGAGCUGAGCGACAACGAGGGUCCGCCUUCCUUUGUCCCCAUCAUUCCCUCCCUGAACAAGAAGCGAACCAAAGAUUCUCCCCGUUCAGACGGAGAUCACUUUAAGUGCAACACAUUCGCAGAGCUGCAGGAGAGACUGGACUGCAUCGAUGGCAGCGAAGCUCCGGACGUAUUGAGCACAGAGAGCAAAGCAGCACAACCAGUGAAGAAUCAAACUGGACCUGAAUCUGAUAAGAACUCCUUCCUGAACCUAACUGGUCCAGAUUUAAGAGAUUGCAUGCUUCCUUCAUCUGGAACCCCCUUGGAUUCCUCCAAAAGAAUGAGUGCAGAUGGGGAAAAACUCACCGGUCCCAUCAUUCAGCCAUGUGUCGUAGGGUCCAGCAACCCUUAUUCCUCAGAUCCAGAGCCUGUGGUAAGAGAGAAAGUUAGAGGAAGUGUAACAAAGUCAUCACUCCCUCAGCCCUUACCCCAGAUACACAUGACAGCAUCUGAGUCGGGAGAAGCUCUCUGCAGGACUCCCCCUGUGGGUAUGAGCUAUCAAGUACCAAGACAAAGUCCACCUCUGGAGUUAACAGAGAUGGGGAGGCCCCAUCAUGGCACCGGUUACCCCAUGGAGGUCAGCGGCUUUCGGGCGGCUUUGUUAGGAAGAUGCCUGGACAGGGAUUUCCUCAGGACCACAAUCACGCUGCAGCAGCCCGUGGAACUGAACGGGGAGGAUGAGCUCGUAUUCACGGUCAUAGAGGAUCUUCCUCUUGGCCUGGUCCCAGACAACGGCCGCCCCUCCAACCUUCUCAGCUUCAACCCCGAGUGCUCACUGCAGGCCUUGGCUGCAGGUUCUCAUCCAGUCAGCAUCAUCAGUAGCAUCAACGAUGAGUACGACGCUUACACGACUCAGCAUGGAGCUACAGGACCAGACUGUCACGCUUCUGUCGGAUCAAAGAAUGCUGAUGGUGAAGACAGUACUUCAGCAAGUAAGCUUCUCUUGAGAGAUGAGAGUACAGCCGAAGAGAGAGCAUCAAUUCUGACCUCGCCAAGUGUAUUCCAUCGACAGCCAUUCCUGCAGCACGGCCUGAAGAGCUCGUUGAAUGACAGUGGAGUGUGUUUCUCAGAGCUGGACAGUGACCCUGCCACACCAAACAAACCAUCGUUUACAAGAGUCUCCUCUUUCCCUGAUUCAGCCAAAGCCACACCCAAAGGCUCCUCCAAGGUCCGAGCCAACAUCUUAAGCACUCCAGCUUCUGCCCAGAGUCCCUACCACACCCAGCACUCCAGUCUUCCCAGGAAAACCAGGGCUACCUCCUCUGCACCAGAAGGCAGCGGCAGACAGGAAGGCAGACGCGAGGACUUUUUGCUUCAUUCUGUUGAUCCUACAGAGGUUGACUUUCUCUCUGCGAGUAAGCCAACAAGAAGCGGCUCAGCUAGCAUCUCCCCCAAGAGGUCUGGAGGAAACAGCAACAGUGUGCCUCGACCUCCAAAGACACAAGGGUCUUCCAUGGCUCAGAGAGUUGUUGACGGCUGCGAGAAGUCCACCGGCAGAAGAGGAGAUACUCUCAUCAAGCUGCCACGGCUCACUCGGGGUGCAACAACCUUGGGAACUGUUUCCAACCCACAGACCUCUGAAAUAAAAUGGGCUCAAGAAGCUGCUUGUGUCACGGGGACAUUAAGGUUUUCAUCACUGGGAAAAAAGUCAAACGGGCAGAAGAGCAGCAUGAUCUCUAAGUCCGGAUCUGGAAAUAUUUCUCCUCCCACGCCACUUGUCAGACAGUCGAGCCAAGAACAAAAGACAAAGUCUCCAAGUGCCUUAAAGACGAGCAGCGACGGCGGAAAGCUUGCUUUCCCUAAAAGCUCAGCCUCAGAGGAGGAAUUCACCAUCCGGCACCGAGCAGAUUCAUUCAGUCACAAGACGUCCAGUUUAAAGAUUGAUCAUGGUUCUGCCAGGACGUCUUCCAGUCUGAAGACGCGAGGCGCCAAAGCAGAUUCUGACAGAUACUAUGGUAGCUUGAGGUCCCUGGAGAGGUGCGACAGUUCAGCCUCAACUCUUUUGAAACCUGACGUAUUCAGGGAAAGCAAUGGUGCUUGCACAGCGAGUAGCUGCAAAUCCAACAGAGCUGUUCCAAGACUUGGCCUUCCGCCUUUAAAUGUUCCCUGUUCCUCCCAAGCCUCUUCUGCUUUCCUGUCAACUGCCAGCAAACUAGGGCAGGUCCGAGUUCUUGGUAACGUCCGUGCUGCCGGUUCUGGAGGAACGAAGGUUCGAACGUUGUCAACCGGCUGCUCUAAAAGCCCGAGCUCCUCUCCGAAUGCAGCUGGACAAAACGCCAGCCUACCUCCUACUGGCAGGUCUCCCGCCCGAGCCGGAAACGGAGCCAAGACGGGAAGAGGCACCAUCAUGGGCACAAAACAGGUCAUCAGCAGGGCGGCCAACAGCCGGGUCAGCGAGCUCGCUGCCGGCCGUAAGCAGCUUAGCAGGGCGGCUGGAGAAAGUGAUAAUACCGACAGCGGGACAAGUAGUCUCAACACGCCGCUGCCUUCGCCCUACAGCAAAAUCACAGCGCCUCGACGGCCGCAGCGCUACAGCAGCGGACACGGCAGCGACAACAGCAGCGUCCUCAGCGGGGAGCUCCCCCCCGCCAUGGGCCGCACCGCCUUGUUCUACCACAGCGGGGGCAGCAGCGGCUACGAGAGCAUGAUCCGCGACAGCGAGACGACCGGCAGCACUUCAUCCGCACACGACUCCAUGAGCGAGAGCGGAGGCUCGUUGUCCAACCGAGGCAGAGUGUCCAAGUCACCCAAGAAGAGAGGAAAUGGUGGGUUCCUGCGGCGGAGGCUGAUCCCGGCGCCCCUGCCGGACACCUCCACUCUGGGCAGGAAGGCCGGGGGCCAGUGGGUGGACAUGCCCCCGCUGGGCGGGGCCCUGAAGGAGCCCUUUGAGAUAAAGGUGUAUGAGAUCGACGACGUGGAGCGCCUGCAGAGGAAGAAGGAGGCGGCAGCGGGAAGGGAGCAGCCCUUCCAGGACGUGGAAAAGGGCCUGCUCUACUUCAACGCCCGGCUGAGGAUGCUGGAGAAGCGACAGCAGCGAAUCCGAGAGCUGAGGAGCAAACAUGAGCGUCUGAAGGAGGAGCUGGAGGAGGCCAAGAGUCGCCUGAUGCUUCAUCCCAGCAAGUGGAGCGGAGAAUUUGACUUGGACCAGGACCUGGACCGGGAGUCUCAGGAGUACCUGGAGGCUCUGGCACAGGCGACGGCGGACCUGGAGUUCUGCGUCAACCUCUGCAAGUCCCGCGUCAUGAUGGAGACCUGCUUUGACAUCAGCAUCACCGCCACGACGGCAACGAGCGCCGCCGCCACGGCGCAGGAUGGCCACCGCAGGGCGUAGGUGCUGCGGCGCCGCUCAGUCGCGUCUGAAGAACAGAGCCGGCUGCGACUGGACCGGAUGGAAGUGCCUUUCUACUAUAUUUAUUAUUCAUUUGGUUAAUUUAUUCCAUAUUUAUCACAUUUUUGUAUUUAUUUUGUUUUUAAUGGUGCUGAAAUAUUUGUUAUGCAACAUAAUUUAGAAGAUAUCAGUAAUUUUUAUAAAAUAAAACCAGAGUUUAGGUAGAAAAAGGAGUAAUGUAAGAAGAUUUAACCCCAGAUUCGUGUUUCUGAUGGUUGUCGGGUCGAUGUUUGUCUUAAAGAGUAAAUGUCCCAAAAAUUUCCUAUAGAAAUGAUAAAGAAAGGAAACUAGUGAGAUUUGUUUUUAGUCUUGAUGGUUCUGUCAGAGCGAUGUUGGUCAUGAUUGACCUAAAAGUUUCCUGCUGGGUGAGCAUGAAUCCAAAGACUUGUACGGACAUGAAAACCCGACUGGCUGCAGAUCAGGGCGUUCGAGGCGCCCGGAAACGCCUCAGAUCCGCGGAUCAGGUUUGAGCUUUUGUUUGAGAUCCUCCUAAACGUGUCGGACAUCAGAUGUUAAAGCCUGAAAAGCCUUUUCUGAUAAAUAUUGUAAACCAGUCUAGUCCUUCAGAGCUCCCAUCCUGCAACUUAAGGUCCUGUUUACUCGACAACGGCAAAUUAAAAAUAGCCUCGGUUUUCUGUUUCUGUUAACACAUCUGCAUGAUGUUUAGCUUUAAUCUCUGUGUACAAAGACACCAGUAGAAACCAAAAAUGGUGUCAUUUCCCUGCCAGGUCACUUUUUAAACAAAACUGUAGUGUGCACGGGGUCUUGGGUGCAUCACUUCUUCUGCGUACCUGAUUAUGGUGGCUGGAUUCACUCCUCAGCAUCCAGACAUUCAGCUCUGCACAGGCUGGCACUAGGGCUGGACGAUAUAAUACAAUAACAAUAUAUGUAUAUCAAUGAUAGAAAAAAGGUAAAUAAAAAGUA